CAAGACCAGAACACCAACAGCCUGCUCUGCCACCUCGACUGCCGAGUAUAACUGCGACUGCACCCUCGGACGACUGCAAAUACUGCUACAGCAGCUCUACAACCAGCGAACUUGCACCGGACACGUCACACGACACCCGGAGCUCAGCUUGAUAUCACAGGCAUUGCUAUAUCGCACACCCACAGUUUAUGACUCGGCCUAAUCGCUGCUCUUAACUCGAGAUUAUACUUACCACAACUCAUUCCACAAUGGAUACACCUAAUCUCUCAAGGUCUUCCUCGACCUCAUCUCGCAACAAGGCGAACCUCAGCCUGGACCUUUCCAACCUCCCGCCACUGGUUCAGCCCACUCCUCCCUCAAACACGCUCAUCUUCACCAACCUAAACAACACCGACAUCUUCCUGCCCGAGAACCUACAAACAAUUCGCGACCUUAUUGAGCACACAGCGUCCAUACACUCGUUUGCGCCGCUCAAGUCCUUCCGCCGCAUCAUCGUCUCCUUCUUCGACAUAGAUGCCUCAUUAGCGGUGCGCCAGGUCUGGGAUGGCGAAGCUGUCAUGGGUGAGCGCAUCAAGCUCUACUUUGGCCACUCCACGCCCAUUGAGACCAAGCCAGAGCAUCUGGAGCUGCCCGACGCCGGCAAGCUAUUCUUCAUCUCACCACCCGCCAGCCCUCCCCACGGCUGGGAGAUGCGCCUCGAGGAUGCGCCGAACAAGCAGGUGCACGCUGAUGACCUUGCUGAGGCCUUGGCCAAGCUGCACCACCGCCCUAUCCCCACCUACGACUCGCCCAUUACCCCAACCGACGGCGGUGUGCCCAACUUUGGCACUCGGAGUCGCAGCUCGACUCUCAUCUACAAGCCAGACGCCGAGACAAGCCCAGGCAUUCCUGCCGUGUUUGUUGAGGACAUGACAGAUGAGCCUAUUGCUCUGAGCCCGCUCGACGCCUCAAAACCCAUCCUGGCUCACACUGCUCGACCUCCUGUUGAACUGAUGAACGACCUCUAAAUGAGCUUUUGGACAUGUGGAUAUGAGGGUCGGUGUGCACCGGAAUUUUUAUCAUUUCUUCUUAUUUUUAUUGUUCCUGUACGCUUUUUUUUUUCUGGGAAGAAGGUUCUUGGUUGGCGUUGGCAAAGACGUGACAACACGGCUACUACUUUUGGUUUCCGGAGAUUGUCAAGAUUCUUCGUGUGGACCUCGUUACUAAUACGGACAUGGAGUUGAGGUUGCUUUCUUUUUUUAUUGUUACAUGGAGUUAUCUGAAAAGCAGAAAGAUUCCUAUCUAAGAAUACCUAGAUGUAUACCAACCGAUAGAUGGAUGGGCGUAGCAUCAACAGCGACAUUACGUGGCUGGAUAGAAUUGUCUAGUUCAAUUAACUUGAUCAAGCAC